CCCAGUAGGCUUCCUCCCAUAGGGCACAGGUCGACCCCACCGGCCCUCCCGCUCCCCUGCCGUCUUGUUUUUCUCCCUGUUCUCUUUGUCCCUGGACUCCCGGUUUUCCCCGCCUGCCCUGGCUUCCACCCAGGCGAUUUGGUUCCCGCGAGUGUCGCACGGUGGCAUUGCCCGCUGGUUCCCCACAACCCCGACUUUACCCUAGAUUCCACAUUCCCGUUUUCUGUGUCAUCCUCCCUCCUCAUCGCUCUGAGUCUCUAUAGAAACCUCAGGCAGCCACCCCCAUCAGUCCCUUCUCAAGCUCCUAGGGACAACUGUGGACCUGGGGACCAGCGAGCACCCCCAGAGCACUAGAGGAGUCCCUGCUGCCUGCCCUGCCUCACCCUGCCCCACACGAGGCCCAGCGGCCCCGGGCUGCAUCAAGUGGAGGAGCAGGUGGUGGAGGAGGGUGGCACCAUGGGCCCGGGCCGUGCCCUCCAUGCCCGGGGGAUGAAGACACUGCUGCCAUGGACAGCCCGUGCCAGCCGAAGGCCCUGAAUCAAGCUCUCCCUCAGUUGCCAGGGUCUGUGUCAGAGUCCUUGGAGCUUAGCCGAGCCAGAAUGGGGGUGGAGAGUUACCUGCCCUGCCCUCUGCUCCCGGCCUAUCACCGUCCAGGAGCAUCUGGGGAGGCCUCGGCUGGCAAUGGGACCCCCAGAACCACAGCGACUGCUACUACUACCACUGCCAGCCCCCUGCGGGAGGGCUUUGGUGGGCAGGAUGGUGGCGAGCUGUGGCCACUGCAGAGUGAAGGUGCUGCUGCGCUGGUCACCAAGGAGUGCCAGCGACUGGCGGCCCAGGGUGCCCGGCCUGAGGCCCCCAAGCGGAAGUGGGCCAAGGAUGGUGGGGAUGCCCCUUCACCCAGCAAGCGACCGUGGGCCAGGCAAGAGAACCAGGAGGCCCAGGGGGAAAGUGGUAUGGGCUCUGACAGUGGCGGCGGCGGCGGCGGCGGCGGCGGCGGCGGCGGCGGCGGCGGCAGCAGCAGCAGCAGCAGCAGCAGCAGCAACAGUAGCAACAACAUGAGCAGUAGCAGUGGCGAGGCAAGUGCUAGGCUGAGGGAGGAAGCCCAGCCCUCUGCACCUGAGCGCCUGGCCCUGGACUAUAUUGUGCCUUGCAUGCGGUACUAUGGUAUCUGUGUCAAGGACAACUUCUUGGGGGCCGUGCUGGGUGGCCGUGUGCUGGCUGAGGUGGAAGCCCUGAAGUGGGGCGGGCGUCUCCGUGAUGGGCAGCUCGUGAGCCAGCGGGCGAUCCCACCGCGCAGCAUUCGUGGGGACCAGAUUGCCUGGGUAGAAGGUCACGAGCCGGGCUGCCGGAGCAUUGGUGCCCUCAUGGCUCACGUGGACGCAGUCAUCCGCCACUGUGCAGGGCGACUGGGCAACUACGUCAUCAAUGGGCGCACCAAGGCCAUGGUGGCGUGUUACCCAGGCAAUGGGCUCGGGUACGUGAGGCAUGUUGACAAUCCCCACGGCGAUGGGCGCUGCAUCACCUGUAUCUAUUACCUGAACCAGAACUGGGAUGUUAAGGUGCAUGGCGGCCUGCUGCAGAUCUUCCCCGAGGGUCGGCCAGUGGUAGCCAACAUCGAGCCACUCUUUGACCGGUUGCUCAUUUUCUGGUCUGACCGACGGAACCCACAUGAGGUGAAGCCAGCCUAUGCUACCAGGUACGCCAUCACUGUCUGGUAUUUUGAUGCCAAGGAGCGGGCAGCAGCCAGAGACAAGUAUCAGCUAGCAUCGGGACAGAAAGGUGUCCAAGUACCAGUAUCACAGCCAGCUACACCUACCUAACGGCUGGCCCCAGAGCUGCAUGGACCAGCAGCAGCUCCUGCCUCAGUGCCCGCUCCUCUCCUGCCACUGCUGCUGCUUCUGGCUUGCCUCUGUACUGUGUGGUGUGGAGGGCACUAAGUGUCACUGAGGAGCAACAAGGAGAGACCUCUGCUGCCCCGUGAGCAAGCGGUGCUGGGUUUUGACCUGGGCAGUGGCCAGCGUGGCUGGUGGCCAUGUCUGGUCCGUUGAGUGUUGAGCUGAGAGGAGGCGGGAUUUGGGGUUGAGGUGAGUCAUGGCCUCUUGCUGGAAAGGUCUGUUGGGGUGGGGGUGUCAUCUCACCCUCGUCCCCACUCCUCCGGCCUGGAAUGUGAAGUGACUCCCUAACCCCUUUGGCUGUGGCACUUUAUGGACUGGGCUGCCACUGUCUGGGCAGAGUAGGGUGCCAUGAGGAGCAUGGGUAUGGAGGUUCUGCCAGCCAAGAAAUAAAAGUUUACCUCAGA